AUGGCGCGCCGCCUGCCCGGGCUCCUGCCGCUGCUCUGGCCGCUGCUGCUGCUGCCGCCCCCCGCCGCCCCCGGGCCCCUGGCCCGGCCCGGCGUCCGCAGCUGGGGGGCGCGCGGACCCCAGGGCAGCCCCGGGCGCCGCCCCGCGCCCGCCGCCCCCGCCCGCGAGCCCCAUUCCGGAGGGGGCGCAGGUGUUUGCCAGAGCAGGCCCUUGGACUUGGUGUUCAUCAUCGAUAGUUCUCGAAGCGUCCGGCCCCUGGAGUUCACCAAGGUGAAGACCUUUGUCUCCCAGAUCAUUGACACGCUGGACAUCGGGGCGGCGGCCACCCGGGUGGCCGUGGUGAACUAUGCCAGCACCGUGAAGAUCGAGUUCCACCUCCAGACUCAUCUGGACAAGCCGUCCCUGAAACAGGCCGUGGCUCGAAUCACACCCUUGUCCACGGGCACCAUGUCGGGCCUGGCCAUCCAGACAGCGAUGGAUGAAGCCUUCACCAUGGAGGCAGGAGCUCGGGGGCCCGGGUACAACAUCCCUAAGGUGGCCAUCAUCGUGACAGACGGGAGGCCCCAGGAUCAGGUGAACGAGGUGGCGGCUCGGGCCCGGGCCUCGGGUAUCGAGCUCUACGCGGUGGGCGUGGACCGGGCAGACCUGGCAUCCCUCAAGAUGAUGGCCAGUGAGCCCCUGGAAGAGCAUGUGUUCUACGUGGAGACCUAUGGGGUCAUCGAGAAACUCUCCUCACGGUUCCAGGAAACCUUUUGCGCUGUGGACCCCUGCAUGCUGGGCUCACACCAGUGCCAGCACGUGUGUGUCAGCGACGGGGACGGCAGGCACCACUGCGAGUGUAGCCAAGGAUACUCCCUGAAUGCCGAUAAGAAGACAUGUUCAGUGAUCGACAAGUGCGCCCUGAACACUCACGGAUGUGAGCACAUCUGUGUCAAUGACAGGACUGGCUUCUAUCAUUGCGAGUGCUACGAAGGUUAUUCCCUGAACGAAGACAAGAAAACUUGUUCAGCUGACGACCAGUGCGCUGCGGGCACGCACGGCUGCCAGCACCUGUGUGUGAAUGAUGGCGCGGGGGCCCAUCACUGUGAGUGCUACGAGGGCUACACGCUGGCUGACGACAAGAAGACGUGCUCAGUUCGGGACAAGUGUGCCCUGGGCUCUCACGGGUGCCAGCACGUCUGUGUGAGUGAUGGGCCCGCGUCCUACCACUGCGAUUGCUAUGCUGGCUACACCUUGAAUGAAGACAGGAAGACAUGUUCAGCCAUUGAGGAAGCACGAAGACUCAUCUCCACAGAAGACGCUUGUGGAUGUGAGGCCACGCUGGCAUUCCAGGACAAGGUCAGCACGUAUCUGCAGAGACUGAAUACCAAACAUAUCCUUUCUGGAAGGUUUUCUGCCUCUGCUUUUGAAGCCAACUUAGGUACUGCAAUUGAGCUACACAUUUUAGGACAUUCCACAGGAUAACGUACUAUUCUGUAAGUUUUAAAGUGGGAAAUAGUAAUACACAACUUAAAAAAAAAAACUUGUUCUUUUAAAAGAAAAAUAUUUUAAUAGGCUGUUAUCACCCAGUAAUACUUACUGUAAAAGCUGCCUAUUUCUUUCCCUAGUGCUUUUCCAGAGCAGUGUGUGUGCCAAGUGAGCACUUACUCACAAGUAGAACUUUUACACUCCACUUCCUUAGUGUGAUUUUCUUAGUCCAGAAUCUGUACAUGAACAAAAUGAGUCAGCUAAUGAGUGGGGUGUGAUAGCUCAAGGUUGUAUGCUUUGGUGAGCCUGGAGGUCAAAAAGCAGGUUUCAAAAUGUAACAUGGCACCAUCUCCGAAACCUUCAAAGUCAGUUCGUUAGUCAAAGGAGUAAUUCAGGAAAAGUGCCUUUUCUUAGUUCCGUGAACAGCGGCUGCUCCUU